UGUUCUGUGCCUAACGUGUCCCCGCCCUCCGUCCCGAGAGCUGCAUGUAUACAACCUCCCUCCCCAGUCUCUCACUAACGUAAGAGCCGUCACGCCAUUUUCCUUCGAUGACCGAGCGUAGCAAACCAACCAGAGACUCGCGGAAACUCGGAUCCGCGAAUAGCCCCGAAAACGAUCCGGACAUGCAUCGUGACUGUCCUCUUGACUGCAAGGUCUACGUUGGAAAUUUGGGGAAUAAUGGAAACAAGACUGAGUUGGAGAGGUCAUUUGGCUACUACGGCCCCCUCCGCAGUGUUUGGGUUGCCAGGAACCCUCCAGGCUUCGCCUUUGUAGAAUUCGAAGAUCCCAGAGAUGCAACCGAUGCUGUGCGAGAACUCGAUGGAAGGACACUGUGUGGUUGCCGGGUGCGAGUAGAGCUGUCCAAUGGUGAGAAGCGCAGUCGCACCCGUGGCGCUCCUCCUCCAUGGAGCAGGCGCCCUCGAGACCGGGAUGACAACAGACGUCGUAGCCCGCAAGCCAGACGAAGAUCCCCACGCAGGAGGAGCUUCAGCCGCAGUCGAAGCAGGUCUUUCUCCAGGGACAGGAGGAGGGAGAGGUCCCUUUCCCGGGACAGGAACCACAAACCUUCAAGGUCCUUCUCGCGAUCAAGGAGCCGCUCCAGGUCCAACGACAGAAAAUAGAACACCCGCCGGGUGUAAAGGGAGCCGAAGAUGAACGGUUGUACAGCCAUGGCCGUUUCAGACGAUGGAAUUACACAUGGCCGUUUCACCGUUUAGUGUGUUGAGUUUUUUUUUUAAACAAUGAAGCGUUUUAGUGUCCCUUCCCCUUUACGUGUUUUCUUUUUCACAUACAUUGAAUGGGUGAGCGCAGGUGUGCUGCGUAAGGCCAUCUUGCCUGUCCUGCAACAGUUGUGCAACCCAGCAUUCCAGUUAAGUUAAUCUCUUAAGUGUUUUGCUUUUCGUCAAUGAAUGUACUGUGCAGUUUGACAUAGUAGUAGUUCCUCUUUUUCAAUGCCAGCAUUUUUAUUUUUUACAGUACAAAUUGGGAUGAUUUGUAAGAAAAUUAUCUCCUUUUUUGAUUGUUUGUAAAGCCAACCUAUUUUCAAUGUGCUACCUUUGUACUUCACACUGAAGGUUUCCAUCUAUUAAAGGUUAGUUGUU